AUGCAAGUUGGACCAAGCGCUGAGCACGGAAGAGCAAGAUCACAAUGUAUCGACAAUCUGGGAAAACAGGACUGCUCUGCGGGACUGUGUAUGGACUCGCAUGGUGUCAAGACUCCGACAACAAUGCAGUGGUCAAAGCCUCGUUUGCCUUCCCAAUCAUUGUGGAUUCCUGAUGUCAUCGAAGUGGCCAAGUUGGUCGUAGCGCCGGGACUGCUGUCCGUAGUUGGUCAAAGGCACGCUGUAGUGUAG